CCGGACAUAGGGGCCGGGUUUCCGCUUCCGCCUUCUCCCUCCUCCCGCUUGUCCUCCGCUCGGACUCGCCAGCACAGCGGCUGCUUCCUGGCUAGGUGUCGGUGUGUCUGUUGGCUUCUCUCCCGACGUCAGUGUCCGUGCCGUUGAACUGCCGGCCAUGGCUGAGGUGGAUCCGUUUGGCGCCCCCACCGGCGCCCCAGGCGGCCCUGCACUGGGGAACGGGGUGGCCGGCGCCGGCGAAGAAGACCCGGCCGCGGCCUUCUUGGCGCAGCAAGAGAGUGAGAUUGCGGGCAUCGAGAACGAUGAGGCUUUCGCCAUCCUGGACGGAGGCGCCCCCGGGCCUCAGCCCCAUGGCGAGCCGCCGGGGGGUCCGGAUGCUAUUGAUGGUGUGAUGAAUGGCGAAUAUUACCAGGAGACUAAUGGCCCAACAGACAAUUAUGCAGCUAUCUCACAAGUGGAUCGAUUGCAGUCAGAGCCUGAAAGUAUUCGUAAAUGGAGAGAAGAGCAGACGGAACGCUUGGAAGCCCUUGAUGCCAAUUCUCGGAAACAGGAGGCAGAAUGGAAAGAGAAGGCAAUCAAGGAGCUAGAAGAGUGGUAUGCAAGACAGGACGAGCAGUUACAGAAAACAAAAGCAAACAACAGGGUGGCAGAUGAAGCUUUCUACAAACAACCCUUCGCUGACGUGAUUGGUUAUGUCACAAACAUAAACCAUCCUUGCUACAGCCUAGAACAGGCAGCAGAAGAAGCCUUUGUAAACGACAUUGACGAGUCUUCCCCAGGCACUGAGUGGGAACGGGUGGUCCGGCUGUGUGACUUUAACCCCAAGUCCAGCAAGCAGGCCAAAGACGUCUCCCGCAUGCGUUCAGUCCUCAUCUCCCUCAAGCAGGUCCCCUUGGUGCACUGAAGAGCCGUCCUGUGGAAACACUACAUCUGCAAUAUCUUAAUCCUACUCAGUGAAGCUGUUCACAGUAAUUGGAUUAAUUAUGUUGAGUUUUUUUGGACCAAACCUUUUGUCUUUAGAGUUGAUCAUUGUUUGUGAUUGCAUGUUUCCUUCAACUUUGUUUUCCUCCUUCAACUGUUCUCCCUGGCAUUCAGAGAGGAGGGAGGAAGAGGAAGAAGGGAGGGACACCUCCCAGCAGUAGCCUCACCCGUGCUUUUGUGCAUUAUUCUGAGAAUAAAUUUCUGUUCAAAC